AUGUCUGACCAUUCCUACUUCAACCACUACCCCAUCUCUCACAACCACCCCUACUCCGACAACCACCCCUACUCCAACAACCAGCACUACGACAACUACUCCUACUCCAACAACCACCACUACGAGAACUACUCCUACUCCAACAACCACCACUACGACAACCACCCCUACUCCAACAACCACCACUACGACAACUACUCCUACUCCAACAACCAUCACUACGACAACUACCCCUACUCCAACAACCACCUCUACGACAACUACUCCUACUCCAACAACCACUUCUACUUCAGCCACCACCCCUUCUACAACGACACCAAGUACAACGACCAAACAAUACAAAGUGUCGCCGGCUUCCUAAGAUAG